AGCCCGGACAGACUCAGCACGGAGAAGAGACAGUCCAGUCCGUUUCAGCAGGCAGACAGUAGUUCAGUCAGUAGUCGGCAGGCCGCUCUGGUGUUCACGUCGCCCCGGCCUGGCCGCUCUCCGCGCGCCCUCGCGCCCCGCCGCGCACCUCGACGUCGUCGUCGAAGACGCCCCUCCUCCGCGCGACGCUCCGCUACCCGGCUCGCAGCGCGCCCUGGAUUAAAGAGCGGCCGGGAGCGUCGUCGGGGACCCUUUGUCGCGUCGGGGGGGACCUCCCCCUGACCAUGUCCGCGGCGCCGCCGGCCCUUGGCGCCGCCGCGGCCACGGCGCCGGCGCCCCCGGAGCAGGGCGUCGCGACGACGCUGUCGGCAGGCACCGCCUGCAGCCCCAGCGGCACCGUGGGACGAGCCCUGCGCGCCGCCGUCACCGUCGCGUGCCUCGCGGUCUCGAGUCACAGGCACGGCCGCCGUCACUGCGGCCGCUAGUGCGCGCGCGCGUGUGUGUCAGUGUGUGUGUGUGUGUGUGUCAGUGUUUGUGUAUGUGUGUUUGCUCCCUAUGGAUAUGAUGUCUCGUCCGGCGCCGCUCUCCGCGCUCUGCCAGGUCGCCGUCCUCCUGUGCGCCACAGGUGUCCUGAGCUCGGCGUCCCACGGCCACCACCAGCACUCUGACCCGUUCAGCUGGACGACGCCCCGGGGCCCCGCGGCGGGCGGCGUCCUGGACCUGCACCCGCCUUCGGCGGGGGCGGCGCCGGCGCUGGCCUCGGAGCUGCGGUCCAGCGAGGCGCCGCCCGUGACCGAGUACGUCAUCAACGAGCACCAGCACGCCGUCCUCACGUGCGACGUGCCUCCUGAGCUGCUCAACCUGGUGCAGAUCUUCUGGUACCACGACAACGUGCCCACCGAGACGGUCGUCCUCGGCCAGCUCAAGGCGGGCAGCAACGGCGGCGAGCCGGACGCCGGGCGGCGGUACGUCCGGGACCCGUCGACGGGGUCGCUGACCAUCUCCGGGGCGCGCAUGGAGGACGACGGCGUGUGGGGGUGCCAGGCCAAGGAGGCGACCUCGCGCCGCGUCCUGCACUCGGGCCCCGCCGUGCGGCUCGUGAUCCUGGUGCCGCCGCGGCCGCCCUACCUGCUGCUCGACGGCCGCCGCCUCGACCCCACCAACCUGUUCGUGCCCAUGCGCGAGCACGGCACCCUGGACGUGGAGUGCGUCGUGGAGGCCGGCAACCCGGCGCCCACCGUCACCUGGCAGAUGCUGCUGGCCGAGCGGCUGCUGCCGCGCCUCGACGAGGCCGUCGACGACCUGGUGAGCACCGUGGCCGUGGACAAGCCCACCGGCCUCGGCGGCCACCUCAGCAGCCAGGCGCGCGUCCAGCACAUCGUGCGAGAGCAUCACAACGCCACCGUGAGCUGCCUCGUCAGCCACCCGACCCUGGCCGUGCCCUACAACGCGACCAUCCUGCUCGACGUUCAGUAUUCUCCGUCCUUCGACAUCACCCGAGCCCCCGGCUUCGGCACACCCGUCCGGGAGGGCAGCCCGCUGUCGCUUAAGUGCGACGUGGACUCCAACCCACCGUCCAGCCCAGUGUGGCAGAAAGAUGACAAGUCGCCGCCCGUGGAGCAGGCCGGCGACGGCUACCUCAACUUCACCUCGGUGCGGAGGGACCAUGCCGGCUGGUACAAGUGCACCUGCCGACACCUGCUCACCGAGUACUCCUCCAACGCGUACCUGCUGCAAGUGCGAGGUGCCGAGGAGAUGCCCGCGGAGUACCCUCCGGGGCUGGCGGGCCUGCCGCCGCCGGACACCAAGCACCUCGAGGCCACGCUGGGCGGGUCGGUGCAGCUGGACUGCCCGUGGGGGCCGGGCUCGUGCUGGCUCAAGCUGGGCGCCGACGGCCUGCUGCAGCCGGCGGUGGGCUCCGGGCCGCAGGCCGGCACCGCCUCGGCCGUGCUCAGCAUCGACCGCGUCCUCUACCAGGAGGCCGGCGAGUACCUGUGCGCCCGCGACCGCCACAGCCUGCAGCGCUGGAGGAACACGUACUCGGUCCACAUGAACGUGAGCGGUCGGCCCAUGGUGCACCCGGCGGUGCAGGUCGUGACGGCCGUGGCGGGCCACUCCGUCACGCUGAGCGUCGAGUUCUGCGCCAACCCCGCCGCCCGCCGCGUCAUGUGGGUGACGCAGCGGCUGCUGCUGCUGCCUGGCACUACGGACCAGGAGCGUGGCCACGAGUUCCACAACAUCACGGCCAGCGACACGGUGCACUGCCAUGUGGCCUCUCUGACGCUGCACCGGGUGCGGCCUGCGGACGAGGGCGAGUACCUGCUGCUGGUGCGCUCGAGCGGCGGCGCGUCCGAGGGCAGCGUGCAGCUCAACGUGACGGUGGCAGAGGGCUACUCGGCGUCGGCGCGCACCCGGCCGCACCGCGGCCUCCACCUCCUCGCCGCCGUCCCCGUCCUCGGCGUCCUGGCCGGCGCCGCGCGGCCCCCGCGCUGAUCCGGGCCCGGCAUCCGGGACCCAACUCGAC